AUGCCGGGAGCAGGCACCUCUCCCGUGUUUUGGCGUCAGGUCGCUGCCGGACUUGCCCGUGGGCAAGGCUGGCCUCGCGGCUUGAGUCCAGCAAAUGAGAGCGGAGCCAAAAAGAAGAAAAAGAAACCCAAACGGAAGAAAGAGAAAGGAGGAGAUCAGCCUGACCAGGCUCAGGACCAGGCAAUGAAGGUGAACUCUUUACCUGCUGAGAGGAUCCAGGAGAUUCAAAAAGCCAUCGAGCUCUUCUCUGUAGGUCAGGGCCCUGCCAAAACCAUGGAGGAAGCCAGCAAGAGGAGCUACCAGUUCUGGGACACACAGCCAGUGCCCAAGCUAGGAGAAGUGGUGAACACCCAUGGUCCCGUUGAGCCGGACAAAGACAAUAUCCGUCAGGAGCCAUACACCUUGCCCCAGAGCUUCACCUGGGAUGCCCUGGACCUUGGGGACAGAGGUGUGCUGAAAGAGCUGUACACACUUCUGAACGAGAACUACGUGGAGGACGACGACAACAUGUUCCGGUUCGAUUACUCUCCUGAGUUCCUGCUGUGGGCACUGCGUCCUCCGGGCUGGUUGCCCCAGUGGCACUGUGGAGUCAGAGUUGUCUCCAGCAAGAAGCUGGUUGGAUUUAUCAGCGCAAUUCCAGCCACUAUCCACAUCUAUGACACAGAGAAGAAGAUGGUAGAGAUAAACUUCCUGUGCGUCCACAAAAAGUUGCGCUCGAAACGGGUGGCUCCAGUUCUGAUCCGCGAGAUCACGCGGCGGGUUCAUCUGGAGGGGAUCUUUCAGGCUGUUUACACUGCAGGAGUGGUGCUGCCAAAGCCUGUGGGGACUUGCAGGUACUGGCACCGGUCUCUGAAUCCUCGGAAACUCAUCGAGGUCAAAUUUUCCCACCUGAGCAGGAACAUGACUAUGCAACGUACCAUGAAGCUUUACCGGUUGCCCGAGACUCCCAAGACUCCCGGCUUGCGGCCAAUGGAGCACAGAGAUAUCUCCGCAGUGCACAAACUCUUGACUGAGUACCUGAAGCAGUUCCACCUGACGCCCGUCAUGAGCCGAGAGGAGGUGGAGCACUGGUUCUUACCUCAGGAGAACAUCAUCGACACCUUUGUGGUAGAGAGCGCCCCAGGGGAGGUGACAGACUUCCUGAGCUUCUACACGCUGCCCUCCACCAUCAUGAACCACCCGACUCACAAGAGCCUGAAAGCUGCUUACUCCUUCUACAACGUUCACACCAAGACGCCUCUCAUCGACCUCAUGAGCGAUGCUCUCAUACUCGCCAAGUCGAAAGGAUUCGACGUCUUCAAUGCACUGGAUCUCAUGGAAAACAAAACCUUCCUGGAGAAGCUGAAGUUUGGGAUUGGGGAUGGGAACCUGCAGUAUUACCUGUACAAUUGGAAGUGUCCCAGCAUGGCACCAGAGAAGGUCGGACUGGUGUUGCAGUAA